GUAGACCAAAUAAGUAGAAGGAAGUCACUCUUUUGUUAUCAAUUCGUUACUAAAAUCCCUUCAAGAUCACCCCAUCUGUGAAUUCGAAGGCCAUCAUCAUCAAGGCGUUGCAAGCUACCGGAUCUAUCCCCAAGCACCGCCUGAUGGAUCAGUGAUAUCAUAUGAUAACACAAUUCAUUUCUAUAUAACGAAACUGAUGAAGAUAUACACUGUUGCGCAUCUUCCAGUUUUCGCCAUGAUUUCAAGUGGUAUCCCAUUCGAUACCGGCGCUUUAAUGGCAACAGUGCUGGAAGGUAUUUUAUACGGCUUUUCAGUGCUCAUGUUUAUGGGCACCAUGUGGUCUUUGACCUACAAACAGCAUGUGCGAGACAUCAAUCGCCCAAUCGCCAUAGUGGCUAUCCUGCUGUUUUUAUUGAGUACUGCGCACAUUGUCGUGAGCAUCAUUCGUGUGGAAGAUGGACUGGUGAAGUAUCGCGACACGUACCCAGGAGGACCAGCAGCAUUCUUCGCAGACGUUGCACAAGAAACGUAUGUGAUCAAGCAUGCGUUAUACGUCCUGCAAACUCUACUUGCUGAUGGGAUGGUGGUUUAUCGCUGCUAUGUUGUUUGGCAAUCCAUCUGGGUUAUCAUCCUACCAGGCCUGCUGUGGUGUAGCGUCGCAGUCACUGGCACCAUUGCAGUCUACAGUGUUUCGCAAUCCGAGUCCACUACUAGCGUUUUCUCCAAAAACCUUGCGACGUAUAUCAUGGCAUAUUUUGUCUCAACUAUGGCAGCUAAUGUGUCGGGUUCAGGAUUAAUGGCAUACCGAAUAUGGGCUAUUGAACGCAAUAUCACUACCGCUCGCGCCGGUACGAGGGGUACCUUGAUGCCAAUAGUACGCGUGCUCGUGGAUGCCGCCAUUUUGUACUCCCUGGCACUUGUCACCGCACUAGUCUGUUUCCUCUGCUCGAACAAUGGAGAGUUUGUUAUGGUGGACCUGCUAAUGCCGAUCAUAUCGAUUACAUUCUACAUGGUGCUUAUCCGCAUCGCCAUGAAUAAACAUCGCGGUUACCUCUCAACCUCAACUGGAAGGACAACCGUCAGAACGGAACAAAGCAAUUCGCAGGACUAUCCUAUGACGCCCGUGGAGACCCGUAUAUCCAAAUUUACGCACAGUGGCAGUACUUCAGUGGACGGGAUGGGGAGUGAGCACAAGUUAGGACAGUCGCCUACUUGGAUAUUGGCGGAGUAGAGGUUAACAUCAGGGCCGAAUGUGAAUUGAAGCUUCUCGAAAUUCUGAUCAUAAAGACUCAAGGACGGAAAAAUCAUUCAUGCUUUCGAAACCAUCUUGCCUCCAAA